GGGGCCGCCAGUGGCAGCAGCUUGGAAGGGGAGUCCACGUGAGCCUCGCCGGGUUGCCAUUGAUCGCCUCGCCUCGCCUCGCCGGCUGCUGCUGCUGCUGCUGCUGCAAUCGACCCAGGCGGCGGCGGCGGCGGCGCGCCGAGGCGGCUCUUCUCCUGGCCGCUGCUGCAGCAGUGUGCGCGGCCGGGGUGGCAGCGGGAGGAUGCGCCGGGCUGCUGCUGCGCUCUGAGCCCCCGCCUGGCCCGAUCGGGGGCGGCAAGUUGGCGCGGAGCGGCCUGGGCGGAGGGGGGCGCCCGAGUGGGUGGCGCGCGGCGCGCCGUCUCCCAGCCCAGCAGCCCCGCCAGGCUGGGCUGGUCGUGCUGAAGAAGGAGCCGCCGCCGAGGAGCAGCAGCAGCGGCAGCCGCCCGCCCGCCCAGGGAAGCGGCGCCGACGGGGAACGCGGGGGUCCGCCCGCCCGCCCGCCAGCAGCCCCCGCCGUGGCGCCCAUGCCCGCCGCCCGCCGGCCCGCUUGGUGUUAGGACGCGCCCGCCGCCAGAGGCGAAGCUCGCCAUGGGGCAGCCCGCGCCGCCGCCGCCGCCGACCCUCCUCCUCCUCCUCCUCGGGCUGGGGUCGCUGCUGGGGGGGUCGCUGGGAGGAUUCCCCAACACCAUCAGUAUAGGAGGACUUUUCAUGAGAAACACAGUCCAAGAACACAGUGCAUUCCGAUUUGCUGUACAGUUAUAUAACACAAACCAAAAUUUCACGGAGAAACCUUUCCACUUGAACUAUCAUGUCGACCACCUCGAUUCCUCCAACAGUUUUUCGGUAACAAAUGCGUUCUGUUCGCAGUUUUCCAGGGGAGUCUAUGCCAUCUUUGGAUUCUAUGACCAGAUGUCAAUGAACACACUGACGUCCUUCUGUGGGGCUCUGCACACGUCUUUCAUCACACCCAGUUUCCCAACUGAUGCUGAUGUACAGUUUGUCAUUCAGAUGCGGCCAGCACUCAAAGGGGCCAUUUUGAGCCUUCUGACUUACUACAACUGGGAAAAGUUUGUGUACCUCUACGACACAGAAAGAGGUUUUUCCAUUCUUCAGGCAAUUAUGGAAGCAGCCGUGCAAAACAAUUGGCAAGUGACAGCUCGAUCUGUGGGAAGCAUAAAGGAUGUUCAAGAGUUUAAGGCAAUUAUUGAGGAAAUGGACAAGCGGCAGGAGAAAAGAUACUUGAUAGACUGUGAAGUAGAAAAAAUCAACACCAUUUUGGAGCAGGUUGUAAUCCUUAGUAAACAUUCCAGAAGUUAUCAUUACAUGCUGGCUAAUCUGGGUUUUACAGAUAUUUCACUAGAAAGAGUAGUCCAAGGAGGUGCCAAUGUAACUGGAUUUCAGAUUAUUAAUAAGGAAAACCCAAUGGUACAGCAGUUUAUGCUGCGCUGGGAGAGGCUGGAUGAAAGGGAAUUCCCAGAAGCCAAAAAUUCUCGAUUAAAGUAUACAUCUGCUCUGACCCAUGAUGCCAUCCUCGUCAUAGCGGAAGCUUUCCGGUACCUCAGGAGACAGCGUGUCGAUGUCUCCCGGAGAGGUAGUGCUGGAGAUUGCUUAGCAAACCCCGCUGUGCCUUGGAGCCAAGGCAUUGAUAUCGAAAGAGCCCUGAAAAUGGUUCAAGUGCAAGGGAUGACAGGGAACAUCCAGUUUGACACCUAUGGGCGUAGAACUAAUUAUACAAUUGAUGUCUACGAAAUGAGACCUGGCGGAGAACGGAAGGCUGGUUACUGGAAUGAAUAUGAGAAAUUUAUGCCUGCCUUAGACCCCACGGUCUCCAACGAUACUUCAUCUGUGGAGAACAGGACCAUCGUGGUCACCACCAUCCUCGAAGCACCCUACGUCAUGCGCAAGCAGACCCCUGACCAAAAAGAAGGGAACGAGAAAUACGAAGGCUAUUGUGUAGAUCUAGCCUAUGAAAUAGCAAAGCACGUCGGGAUAAAAUACGAACUCUCUAUCGUUCCUGAUGGGAAAUAUGGAGCGAGAGAUUCUGACACUAAAAUGUGGAAUGGCAUGGUGGGUGAGCUGGUCUAUGGGAGAGCGGACAUAGCUGUCGCCCCUCUUACCAUAACCUUGGUCCGAGAAGAAGUCAUAGACUUUUCCAAACCCUUUAUGAGUCUGGGCAUUUCCAUCAUGAUCAAGAAACCCCAGAAAUCCAAACCAGGCGUCUUCUCCUUUCUGGAUCCUUUGGCCUAUGAGAUUUGGAUGUGUAUAGUCUUUGCUUAUAUUGGAGUCAGUGUGGUUCUUUUCCUAGUCAGCCGAUUCAGCCCUUACGAGUGGCAUUUGGAAGACAACCAAGAAGAGCCCAGAGACCCUCAGAACCCUCCUGAUCCUCCAAAUGAGUUUGGGAUAUUUAACAGCCUCUGGUUUUCCCUGGGUGCCUUUAUGCAGCAAGGAUGCGAUAUUUCCCCAAGAUCUCUCUCAGGGCGUAUUGUCGGAGGUGUCUGGUGGUUCUUCACUCUCAUCAUCAUCUCUUCCUACACGGCCAACCUUGCUGCCUUCCUGACCGUGGAAAGGAUGGUGUCUCCCAUAGAAAGCGCUGAGGACUUGGCUAAACAGACAGAAAUAGCCUAUGGGACUUUGGAUUCAGGCUCAACCAAAGAAUUUUUUAGAAGAUCCAAAAUAGCUGUCUAUGAGAAAAUGUGGUCUUACAUGAAGUCAGCUGAGCCGUCUGUGUUUGCCAAAACGACAGCGGAUGGAGUGGCUCGCGUGAGGAAAUCAAAGGGGAAGUUUGCCUUCCUGCUUGAAUCGACCAUGAAUGAGUACAUUGAACAACGAAAGCCCUGUGACACAAUGAAAGUUGGUGGAAACCUGGAUUCCAAAGGCUAUGGUGUAGCAACACCCAAAGGCUCAGCAUUAAGAACUCCUGUAAACCUUGCAGUAUUGAAACUCAGUGAACAAGGCAUCUUAGACAAGCUGAAAAACAAAUGGUGGUACGAUAAGGGUGAAUGUGGAGCCAAGGACUCGGGAAGUAAGGACAAGACGAGCGCUUUGAGUCUGAGCAAUGUUGCCGGCGUUUUCUAUAUUCUUGUCGGAGGCCUCGGCCUUGCCAUGACAGUGGCUUUGAUAGAGUUCUGUUACAAGUCUCGGGCCGAAUCUAAACGAAUGAAACUCACAAAGAACACACAAAACUUUAAGCCUGCUCCUCCACCCAACACCCAGAAUUAUGCUACGUACAGAGAAGGCUACAACGUGUACGGAACAGAGAGUGUUAAGAUCUAGUGAUGCAGCGAAAGGUCUAGUUCUCUCCUAUGACCUCACGAUACUCGCCCUCUCUGAGGACAAAGCUGAGAUAUUUGCAAUCUCGUUACAGAUCCCCGUGCUUCUGAGGGCAAAGGGAGGCACAAACCAGACCCGCAGCGACUUCAGCGAUCACCUGAGCCACUUUUACUCCCUCCUAGGUGUCGGACUGGACACAUCACGAUGAUGGUGCAAUGAACUUUUCAUAGGUUUUUUUGUUUUUUCCUUCAGUGCCUUAUGGGAGAUUCUUAAGACUCAAAAACAAUGCAAACCAUCAAAACAAAAAAUUCUUGCUUUGCUUGAAAACAGACACACACACAGACACACACACACAAAUGGACUGAUAAGACAAUAUUCUAAUAUGUGAAAAAAUGUAUUCUUGUAAAAAAUAAUAAUUUUAACAAACGUUCAACAGAAGCCAUUCUUUGAUACCACUGCACAGUAAAUGGACGUAUUCUUUUGAAAAGAAAAGUUUUCAAGUCCCCCCCCCCUUAUCAAAAUAUUAAGUUGUUCUUAAUAUUAAGCCUCAGAAUACCACUGCUUAUAUCCCAAGAGCGGCCUAUUAACCUAACUCUGUGAUCUACCACCGUGCUGCUAUGCUUCCUUCUCCAUGGUGGCGAGGAUUCUCGUUUCCUAUCGCCAGUCUAUCUCCUGCCUCACAUUUUAAGAGAACGCAUAUAUCAGUUCUAAUUGAAUGUAACAUGCAAAAGCAAAGAAAAAGAUGUGUCAGCUGAUAAGAAAGUGGAGGAUCAUGUAUUCAUCUGUCUAUCAAGGAGGGACAUGGUGUAACUUUCCGAGGAGAUCCUUCUAGAAGAAAACUGAAGGGCAGGCCAGAGGGCAACCCCUUCUCUAUAAACUACAAGUGCUUUUUAAAAUGUUUAUUUUAUUUUAAAUAGCAUCCAAUCACUUUAAGGAGAAACCAUGCACAAUUUUGUUUCCUGAAAGACGCAUGCAUGCAUUUUCAACUCAACAUGUACUAUGAAACAAUAAGUGUGAAAGCAUAGAAAAGGACGUGUCCCUAUAAAGCAGUUUCAGGAUCCCUCACCUUUCUUCUUUUGUAAUUCAGAAUCUAGCACUGUGCUCAGACGAUACUUCGAUGCUUCGUGGAUCGGCCUCGCUUUGCAAAGAAAACAGGGCGGUACCUCAGAAGAGACCGGUUGGUCCGGAUCACAGCAAAACCCUCUAGCAUAACUAUUGCUAGUAGUUGUUAUAUUCUCAGCUGCUGUCAAUCAUCAUCCCAUGGCUGCUUAGCAAAAGGAUUCUUAGGUUCAUCUUUAGUUUCAUAAGGAAUAUAACACAUUCCAUAGAAGACUGCUAGAAACAGAGGCAUGGCAUGACAGAUCUCCAGCUUUUCAGGUGUAGGAUGUAUUCCAGUGUGGCUGCACCAGAAAUAGGGUUCACAACUCAGUGAUGGAGCCCAUGUAUGGGAUGUGCCAGUUUUUAAUCCCUGGUAUCUUCAAUUAAAAAUAUCUCAGGCAACAGGGCUGAGAAAGACCUCUAAGACUAUGAACUUCUGGCAGUCAGGGUAAGCAGUAUUGGGUUAGGUGAACCACUAGUCUGAUUCAAUAUGAGGCGGUUUCAUAUGCUCAUUAUUGCAUCUUUUAAAAAAUAAAAUAAAUCCUAUCAUUUACCAAAUAGAUAAAUACAAGAUAAAGGAAUCAUCUGCAUACUAAUUACCUCUAAUAUGACAAUAUGUGCAACUGGUAGUUCAGCAAAGUUUCAUUUCAUAAAUAACAUACUGGAUAUAAACAAAAUAAAAAGUCGAUGAAUAUAUUUUUUUUCCUUUGAGAUUAAAAAAAAAAGAAAAAUGUUUGAAAGAGUCACUGACAAUAUAUUUGAUAGUUCGUUUUAAAAAAAACAAGGCAUAUAAAGGUCACUGAAGAUAUAUUUGAUAGCUCAUUAAAUCAAGGAAUAGAAUAUAGGAAUAAAGAGGAAAAAACAUUUCAACAAAAUGUAUUAUAAAAAAAUAAUCAAGGAAACUGUAGGACAAGUUGCUGCUCAUGUUUUUACAACGCAUUAAGCAAAAAGAAACUCUUCUUUUUCAAGAAACUGUGAUUUUCAAUUUCUGAAUGCUAUAAUGUUUCAGCAAAGGGAGAUGCAAAAUGUUGUAUUUAAGUAAAAAAAACCUUUUCUUAGAAAGCUGUAUAAAAAGAAAUGUAUGUUUAUCAAAUGAAAAUAAUUUUUUUCAGAGAGGAGGCUUCGCACUCAUGAAGGGUUUGAUAAUAGGAGGCCAUUUUUUAAAAUGUGCAUGUUAAACGUGUCAAUUGCUUUUUUAAAAGCUCCUGCUUUGAGCUACAGAAGUUCAGCAGUAACCAUUUGACCACAGCAGUAACCACAAAUCCUUUUUUGUUUCUUUUUAAAAUUACGAUUACUUUUUCUUUCUUUCUUUCUUUUUUAAAAAAAAUGUUUUUUUUUCCAGGUUGUUUCUUUAUUGGUUGUUAAAUUUGCACUUCAGUGAACAGGAAAAACAAAACCGCAAAGAACUUGCCAAGCAAAUUCAUGGCUGUCAAAUUGUAAACUGCAUGUGUGGGCAUCAACGACUGAGCCUCAUUCAAAUGAGGCCUUGUACAAAAGAGUUUUAAUACAUUUUGUAAAUAAAAUUGUAAAGAAAACAAAA